UUGUUUUACUUGCCAAAAUGCGGAUAGCUGUCCAAAAAUGUAUCCUGCUGGGUCUCUUUGUAGCUGUAGCAUCGGUUCCUAUAGAGAAUGUAAUGGAAGAAUCAGCUCGCAUAGUGAACGGGCAUACGGUGGACAUAUCAGAGGUGCCAUACCAGGCGACGUUACGUCGGCGUGUCAUCUCCGGCUGGGGACAUAUGUGUGGAGCGGUCGUUAUUCACGUGCGAGCAGUCCUUACUGCGGCUCACUGCGGAGUUAGUUACGUCACAGAACCUUCAACCUUAGACUUGGUAGUGGGCACCGCUUCACGACUGAGCGGUGGUUCGACCUAUGAACUCUCCGCAGUACAUGUGCAUGAGGAGUACUCACCGAACACCCUGGAAAAUGACAUUGCCGUCUUGGUCACUUCCAAGAGGAUGAGCUUUGGGAAGAAUGUCCAGAGUGUGGCUUUAGCUCCGUCAAACUAUAGCUUGCCGGCUGGGAGUGGAGCUUUGGUGUCAGGAUAUGGCACAACCUCGUUCGAAGGCUCAGCAUCAUCAGUUCUGCUAGCAGCCAAAGUGAACGUGGUUGAGCAGAAGACCUGCGCCCGAGCAUACUUGCGCAUCGCGGCCAUCACAUCUGGCAUGCUUUGUGCAAGCGCCUCCUCACCCUCCCGUGACGCUUGCCAAGGAGACUCUGGUGGGCCCCUGGUCAGCAACAACUUCCUUGUUGGCAUAGUUUCCUGGGGUGAAGGUUGCGCGGACGAAGCUUACCCUGGCGUGUACACUAGAGUGUCUACAUAUUACUCAUGGAUUAAUAAGAAACUUGUAAAUACCUGGGAAUGAAGAUCUGAUAAGAAAGCUAUGACUUCAGCCCUUUGUAAAAAUGGUGCGAUGUGAAUUAGUGAAACAACAAUCCAAAAUAUUUAAACAAUAUACAUAUUAAAAUAUCGUCUUUGAAUGGUUGGUUUUUCACAACUUCAGCAACAUCUUCUGGAUCUUAUGAUAGUGGACGGACUUGGUAUAAUCAAUUUAGUGACGAGGAAUUUCAUCUCCUCACAUUCCAUAGAACAGUUCGCCGAACCUUCGCUUAGAACAAUGGCUCAGUUAUCCAAAUUCCUGAACAAUUUGUCUACUUUAUUCAAUUUUGUAAUAAAUGUAAAUUGU